CUGUGGUGUGGCACAAAAAUACGGAAGAGGGUAGCGUCAGCUGACUGUAUUCAUUAUUCACUCAAACCCUGGCGUUGUUAACUCGACAGCCUCUAACAUGGAGGAUCAAGAGAUGCAGCUGAAAGUGCGGCGAGUGAGCGACAAGUUCACGGAGAGUAUGUACGUCCUGGCCAACGAGCCGUCGGUGGCUCUGUACAGGUUACAGGAGCAUGUGAGGAGGUCUCUGCCCGAGCUGGUGCAGCACAAGACAGAUAUGCAGAGCUGGGAAGAACAAAGUCAAGGAGCCAUCUAUAGUGUGGAGUAUGCAUGCAGUGCCGUGAAGAGCAUGGCAAACAGCGGUCUAUAUUUCAAAAACGUUGACAGCCUUCUCCGGCAAGCCAUCAGCAUGAAGGAACAGAUUAACAACUCUCAAGGGCGCAGCUUACAUGACGUGACCUCAUCUCCCAGCGCCCUUGUCUCAACUCCACAAGCCCCAUCCAUUUCCUCAUGAGCUGUGGUCAGAGGUGCUCAAGGAAAAGGACCGUGGACCCGGGGGUGUUGAAGGAGGGGGGAGAAAGUCACAGUCCUGGGAUGUAAUGCGACUUCAAGAGUCGAUGGUGUUGUCUCUACAGCGUCUUGCUUUUUCCACCUUUUGAUUGUGGCUGAAGUGGGGUCAUGAGGGUGACACCCCCCCUCACAAUGAAGCGGUGACCACGCCCACCCACCCACCAGAGUACAAGCCACUCAGUGGAACAAAGAGCACCAGCACCGCCAGGUUCAGCAUUAAAAACACUUAAGUCAUGGCUGCUCAAAGAAUGCAUUGUUCUCUCGGACUGGUUGGCUGGAUUAGAGGGAAAGCAGCAGUGCUGUUUUGCGCCUGCUGAUGAAAAUCCACUGCAACAACAACAUUUUGGGCCCUAGUUUUCAGAUUUUUACGAGGAGGUGGAUGUCUAAGAAGUUGAUAUGAUAUGCAUGUCAGAUCAAGUAAAGUGCUUCAACAGAAAAUGCUGCCAAGAAAAAUAAAAUGUCAUGAAAAUGUCA